AGCCGCUCAGGCUCGAGCCCUGACUGGCCGGGAGCCCGCCAGGCCUUGCCCCCGUGGCGGCCCAGAUGGUCCUGGGCAGCGCGCAUUGACAGAGACUCGGCAGGGGCACCCCAGCGGAUGCCCCAGGCGGUUCAGGACAACCCUGUUGCCCGUCUCCACCCUGGGCCUCAGCGCGGACGCGGAGGCGCGCUGCCUCCUGCGCCGGGCGCUCCGAGACGCGUGGCCUGCGGCGCAGCGUUUCGGGUGGAGCGUGGCGCAGCUGUGCGAGCUGGGGCCCGAGGAUGGCGACGUGGGCUACUCGGGGAAGGACGCGACCCUCUACGUCAAGGUGCGGGACCCUGCCCAGGGCAGCGGGCGGUUCUACCCCUACGGCUUCAUCCUCGCCACCCUGCUGCACGAGCUGACCCACCUGUCCUUCCUGGGCCACGGGAAGGCCUUCUACAGGCGCCUCGUGAAGGCCACGUCGCUCUGCGGGGCGACCCCGUCCGUGCGCCAAGAGGUGCGCCGGCACGUGUGCGGGGAGUUGCUGAACGCCGUCUGCGACAACGACCAGAGGCGUGCCAGGGCCCUGCUGGCCGCGCUGCCCGAGGCCGCGGCCUGCGGCCCGCUGGGGCUGGCGCGCCAGCUGCCCCUCGCGUACGCCGCGCACCACGGCCGCGUGGCCCUCACGCGCCUGCUCCUGGAGGCGCGGGCUGACGCCGACGCCUGCUCGGGCGGCGGCGGCUGCCAGGUGCCGCCGCUCGCGUGGGCCGCGGCGCAGGGCAACAAGAGGACGGUCCGCGUGCUGCUCGACGGCGGCGCCUGCCGCGGCCGCCUUGCGCAGGUGGAGCCGGCGCUGCUGGAGAGGCUGCCGCCGGAGCCUCCGGAGGAGGCGCCCUCGCCCGGCCUGCGGGCCUGCGCGCCCGCGCCGCCCGCGGGAAGCCUCGAGCGGCGGGGAGCGUCGCUGCGGUCGCGGUCGAUGCCGCUGCCGGCGCUGCCGGGCAUGGCCGGCGGGGGCUGCCGUGCGGCCGGGGGCGGCGGCCGCAGCGCCGUUUCGCUGAGCGGCUCGCUGGCCCUGUAGGAUAGGACUUUAGGACUCGCCCCCGGAAGGGGCUGGACGUAACCCCUAAGGGUCUUUUGUUUGGGUCCCCUCCCUUUUCACUCGGCCGCCGAAUAAAUCAUUAGUGGCCCCCGAUGGGGGGGGUUCUACAGACCCUUCGCGCUUGCAUCGGCCACUGACAGGACGCCCCCCCCAGACAAGUCGAACGAGGAAAUCUGCACCGGUCCACUCGGCAUUGGCACCCGGGUGUGCUGGUGGAGUCCCCGGUCGGUUUUGCUAAUCGACGCGCGUUUCGCCGGAUCUAUUCGGCUGUUUCAAAAUGUCGAUUAGCUACUCGGCUGAGGUGCACUCGCGUUGUGUUGCCGUGCUGACGUGGGGUGCCCCUGGCAGCUUUCACUGAAGCGCGUGUGGCCAAAGGGGUUUCUGUCCAGCCCCAACAUGCCUGGACCUCCACGAUCCGUCUUUUUCAGUCCGGCCUCUCCCACGCCCUCCUUGGUCUCGGCCUAUUCGUGCUCGCCCACACCCCAGUACUGCGUUGCACUUGUCACUUGAUGGACUCAGUCGGCCUUGCUGUUGAGAA